AUGGAUAAUAGGAACAAAGAGCUUUGCCCACGCUUGAUGGACUAUUUGGUGAUAAUUGGCCGACGUCGUUGCAAAAAUUUAUCUCGUACAAAUAAUCAUGAUAGCACUGUAUCUUCAACUGCGCAUACGGUGACAACACCUGAAUUACUCAGACGUUAUCCAGCGAAGGAUCAUAAAGAUUUCAGUUUACCAGCUGAUGUUACUGUAUUUUGCCAACCUGAAGGAUGCGCAAUGAGGGGAUUACGUCAAAAUUUGCGAUCUCACAAUGAAAUAAGCAGUUUUGUUUUUACGUUAACUGAGAAAGAUUCUGCGAAAAUUCGUUACGGAAUAUGUUUGAAUUUUUUACAAAAUUAUGAACGAAAUCAUUCCAUUUCUGCUGAUGGCAAAAACAGUUCUGUUAUUAAUUCUAAUAAAAGAUUGGAUAAGAAGCAUUCAUUAACGAGUUUGUGCAUAAUAAGCCAUCAUCCAUUUCUUUCAACAUUUCGGGAAUUAUUGCUGUUGCUGAAAAGGUUGAUUGAUGGAUGCAGUCAGCGGCUUAGUGACGAUGGACAAUUUUCAAAGGAUGUAAUUUGGGCAUUACUUAUGGGUUUUUGGAUAGAAUCAGUUUCACCAAGAGUAAUGCAAGACAUUCGAGAACUAGAAACAUGGAUUCUGAUGUUGCUAAGUGCACCAGUACCAAUUCCAGGGAAAACGAAACUACUUUUAGAAGUAUUACCAAUGAAUGUUUCGCAGGCUUUUGAAUUUGCUCUUCCUGACCAUACAAGAUUUUCAUUUGUUGAUUUUCCUUUACAUCUACCCUUUGAACUUUUGGGAAUCGAUACAACUAUUAAAGUAAUGGCUGCUCUUAUGCUUGAAUCAAAGGUCGUUUUGCAAUCACGCAAUUAUAACGCGGUUAGUAUGUGCGUUUUAGCUAUGGUUGCACUGAUGUAUCCAUUAAAUUACAUGUUUCCAGUGAUACCUUUGCUUCCUUCUUUCAUGCCAUCAGCAGAACAAUUACUCUAUGCACCAACACCGUUUUUAAUUGGCGUGCCAGCUUCAUUUUUUGCUCACAAAGCUAUUGAUAUACCAGAUGAUGUGAUAAUUGUUGAUUUGGAUACUAACCGAUUAAUAAUACCAGAUGAAAUCAACAUUCUUGAUAUGCCAGAGCCAGACUGCACUGAACUAAAAAAUAGUUUGCGUCAAUCAUUAAAUAAGUUAUUGACAAUUAUGCCUCAAGUAGAAGCAGAUAAUGAAGGAAACAGUAUUCAAAAUUUUACUGUGGAUAGUGAUGUUGUUGAUAUUGCAAUUCGUGUAGCUAUGAUUCGUUUUUUCAACAGUCCAAAUGUGUUUGCAAACUUUAGUGAACAUACACGUACGUUACGUCUUUACCCUCGUCCAGUUGUUGCGCUUCAGACAGAAUCAUUUUUACGCAGUCGUCCACAGUUCACGCAAUUUAUUUCUGAACUUUGCAAAACCCAAGCAGUUGAAUACUUUGCUGAAUGUUCUUUAUGCCCAAAUAAUGAAACAUACGUACGAGUUCAAGCUGGAACAGAUGAUCCUCUUCAAAUUGGUGAUAAAGGGAAAUGGUUUAGUGACUCAUUGAUGCCUAUCCAUUUUACGGUUUCUUCACUAGUAGCAAAUGAAAGACGAAGCAGUAUUGCAUCCAAUGAUUCAAACUGUGAAGUAAGUGAUGCCGGCAAUACCGAUCUAGAAAGUUGUUCAAGUACUGAUGAUUUUUUAUUCGAUACAGUUGAUCAACCAGAAAUUACAAUGACGACAUCUAAAUCACUUGGAGAAGUAGAUGAUGUUUACAAAGAGCCUGUAGCAUUAGCUAUGCCAAAAAGUUAUAGUGCGCAUUCAGUUGGCAGCUACACUAGUAGUGGAGGAUCAACACCAUCUUCGUCUGUUUCAACUUCAGCAAUGGAUAGUGAAGCUGAUUUCGCUCGACUUGCUGAAAAUCUAGCUUUGAAGUCAGACAGUCGAGGAGAUUUCUCAUUUCAUCGUUCAAGUGAUUCAACACCAAUAAAUGAUUAUAGAUCAACACAAACAUUUCAACGGUUAUCAUUAUUAUCUGCAAAUUCAAACACUACGUCUAAUAAUAGGACAUUGCAAUUUAAAUCAGCUGGAAUAAAGGGACUGGCUCAUUUAGCAGAUUCAAGUGAAAGAGUUCUUGGACCACAGUUUAUGAAUGCACUUAAUGGAUAUGCAGAAAAAAGCCAAGAUAUGUUGAAUCAGGUUUUGAAUCGAACAGCUCCAAAAGCUCAAGCUAUACGAGAUAAAGCUGUGCGUCCUAUUGCUGCCGCAGCCGCAAAUCGGAUGGAGCAAAGUCAGCAUUUAGUUCGUACAAAAAGUAAUAUAAUUGGUAAUAAAAAUGCAAAUACUGCACAACAGCAAAGUAAAAAUCAGCAGAUUGUUCGCGAAAUAUGCGAUCAAAUUUUGAAUGGUCAAGGAAUUGGGGUUUUUACGUAUCCAAAAUUAAAACGUUUAAUGGAAGAUGAAAGCUUAAGGCAGCUUGUUUGUUCAAAAUUAAAUCUUGGUCUAGAUGUACAACAAUUUGAAGAUGAUUUCAUACAAAAAAUGCAACUUACGCGAAGUCAAUACAAAGGAUAUUUGAAAGCUUUGCAAACAUGCAUCAGUGGUUUAGAAUAUUCAUAUAAAUCGUCUGGUUCCAAUGGUUUAGCAUCUCUGUUUCAUGUGCUAGAAAUUGCACAUACUCAUUACUGGACAAAAGAAUCUGAAACAACGCCAACAAGUGCCUCAGGAAGUUUGCUUAAUACUCCUUCACCAUCGUUAUAUGAUAUGCAACGGUACCAACAUGAUAAUUCAUAUCUUUCUCGUCCUCCUCCUCUUCCUCUUCCUCCGUUAUUAUCUCGACCUCCUGCAUUAUCUGUAACUACUGGCCCACCACCUCCACUCCCACCACGACCAGCAGCACAGCAACAACAAAACCAAAAUCAUGAUCAAUUACCGACUCAGAAAUCAGAUGUUACUGUAAGCAGUUUGGAUGAAGCUGCAGAAUUAAAUAGCUGUUCAUCUGAGAGUAAACCUUAUGAUCCAAAGUUAGAUUUGGAUGAUAAAACGGAAACGAGUACUAAUACAUCAUCACAUUCAUCUACGGGUUCAACUCUUAAGCAUCGUUUUCAUCCACAUCCUCCUGGCAGUCUCUCACUUGAUCCAGCUUUAUCUCCACUACCUUCACCGAAUCCAUUAUGGCAAACAAUGGAUUUUUGGGAGAAUGCUUUUUUCGACAUCGUCGCACAAGAACGAGAUAUUAUAGGAAUGGAUCAAGAACCAUGUGAAAUGAUCGAUAGAUAUUGUAACUUAUCUGAUACUGAAAAACGGCGUCUAGAAUUAGAUGAAGAUCGUUUAUUAUCAACAUUACUACACAAUUUAACAUCUUAUAUGAUAAUGUGUGGAGCUGGACAACGAGCUGUUCAACAAAAAAUACGACGUUUAUUAGGUAAAGCGCAUAUUGGCCUAGUAUAUUCGAAAAUGAUCAAUGAACUUCUAGAUGACCUUCCCAAUAUUCAAAGUAAUCGAAUUCCUUUAAAACCUCUUGGAAGUCGUUUGAUCCAUAAGCAGUCAUUUACGGUUCAUGAAGGUGCAACAGCAGAAGAUUCAUUAAUGUUUAUGGAGGUAUGUGAUGACGCAGUAGUACUUCGAGCAGUAACAGGUGCAAUUACGGAACGUUGGUGGUACGAACGUCUUGUUAAUAUGACUUAUUCUCCAAAAACGCGUGUUCUGUGCUUAUGGCGGCGACAUGAAGGAAAAGUUCAUAUGCAUAAAUUUUAUACAAAAAAGUGUCGAGAAUUAUAUGCCGCCAUGAAGGAAGCGAUGGAACGAGCUGCAGCUCGAGGUAAAGUUUCGUUAUCUGGGCGAGAUUUAGGUGGAGAAUUUCCAGUUCAAGAUAUGAAAUCAAAUCAGGGUGGACUGUUGCAAGUUAGGAUUGAUGGUAUCGCGCUACUUUUUGAAGAAAGACAGCAUUUCAUCGACCUGAGUAAUAUCAAGAAAUGCAACACAUUUGGUGGUAAUGUAUUUGUAUUGGAAGAAUUUGAUCGCAAGAAGAAUGAAUUAAUACAAAGGCGUUACUUAUCACAAAUGGCUGAUCAGAUAUGUUACGCAGUUUUGUGUGUUUUCUCAUUUGUUGCGGCAGGACGUCGUGUAAAUAAUUCUGAUAAAAGCAAUGCAAAAUCUACAAAAGGUGAAGCAUCAACACAACAUUCCUCAAAAGUUAACUGGUGAUU